CAGUUUGGCGCGUCGGUCCUGAACGCGUCCUUCAGUAGACUUUCUACUGUUUUCAGCUUCAACCCCUCGCAGGCAUCGACUUCAAUCCCUCGCGGGCAUCGACUUCAACCCCUCGCAGUCGACUUCAUUUCACAGCAACCCAAACCAAUGGCUCCUAGAAACAAAUAUUCCGUCAUUUUACCGACCUACAACGAGAGGAAGAACCUGCCCAUUAUUGUCUGGCUGCUCAACGACAGCUUCACGAAGAAUGGUUUUGAAUACGAAAUCAUCAUUGUCGAUGAUGCCAGUCCAGACAAUACCGCUGAAAUUGCAAGACAACUGCAGACGGCAUUUCCCAACCGGAUCAUCCUCAAGCAGCGUUCGGGGAAGCUUGGACUGGGCACCGCGUACGUUCACGGUCUCCAAUUCGCUACAGGAAAUUUUGUGAUCAUCAUGGACGCCGAUUUUAGCCAUCACCCCAAGUUCAUACCUGAUAUGAUUCGAGUUCAAUCGACGAAAGACUAUGACAUUGUGACCGGUACAAGAUAUUCUGGAAAGCAUGGAGGCGUCUACGGCUGGGAUCUAAAGAGGAAGCUUGUCUCAAAAGGUGCAAACAUCUUCGCGGAUACUGUACUCCGUCCAGGUGUAAGUGACCUCACUGGCAGCUUCAGGUUAUACAAAAAGGACGUGUUGGAAAAGGUUAUCACGAAGGUGCAAAGCAAAGGGUAUGUGUUCCAGAUGGAACUUAUGGUAUUAGCGAAGGCAAUGGGAUACUCUGUCGCUGAGGUGCCUAUUAGCUUUGUAGACCGUGUAUACGGGGAGUCGAAGCUUGGGUCAUCAGAGAUCGCGGAGUAUGCAACAGGGGUUCUGAGCUUAUGGAUGAGGGUCUAGGAAGGUUUCUUGAUUGAAUAGGGAAGGGAUUAGAGACAUUGGUUUGUAUAUUUUAGUUACAUUGACUAGCAAAAUUCCAUGCUACAAGCUACCCAUAUUUUUCGUUACUUACAUGAUAGAAGCUAGCAUCUAGAAAUCGGUAGCGUC